GCAAAGUUGGCACUCCGACCAUUUGAAGAUAGGAGGAGGUGUGUGGUUUUGUAGAAACAUAUCUGAAAUAGAAGCUGAGUGAUGGGUGUUUGUGUCUCAAAGCCGAGUGAAACUAUCAAAGCUCAGACGAAAAAAGUCGAGAGACAUGGCAGAGGCCGACUCCGACGACGGGGAAGGAAGAGCAAGAAGGUAGCCUCCACCGUUAUGAACUCGGACAUUCCUGCUCCGACGAGACGGUCUGUUAGUGAGUUUGUGCAUCUAGAUUUUGAGAAGGGUGCUGCAACCACUUGUAAAAGAUCUGAGGUUUCCAACGGCACAUUUCAUCUAACUCAGCUUCAAUGGAACCACAGUCAAAUUGAUGCUAAUGGUGGGAAAUGCCAAGGACCUGAGACAUGGUUUGACUCGCAUACUAUACUUGAUUCUGAUUCAGAUGAUGACUUUGCUAGUGUACAAGGAGAUACAUUUCCUCCUAUGGUAGUAAGUAAUGGAAUUGGAAGCAUUCCAAACAGUCAAUUGGUCCAGUAUGAAAGUGCAGCAUGUAUCGUAGAUAAUGGAGGCAAGUAUGAAGGGUUUUAUGAAAGUUAUCUGAAAAUCGAUGGACCUGGUGCACGCCAAUCAGUAGAGAAAACCCAAGUCAGUUAUAUUGACAAGAACCAGCCUAUGCCAUCUUCAGUCAUAAUGCUUUCCUAUAAGAGACAAUCCAUUGACAACCCUGAAAGGACUUCAUGUGCUUCUGAUCAGAAGUACUUAUUCCGUCCUAAAGCGGCACUACGCAUUCCUUGUUCACCGAUAGAGAAGCCAAUUCCAGGAUCCUGGUCUGAAAUAUCGCCUUCAGUCUUCAAAAUCCGCGGAGAGAACUAUUUCAAAGACAGACAGAAGUACCCUGCUCCAAAUUAUAGCUCAUAUGUACCAAUUGGUAUUGAUAUGUUUAUCUGCCCAAAGAAGAGAUAUCACAUUGCUCAGCAUCUUGAACUUCCUUCUGUAAAACCACACGACAAAGUUCCUUCCCUCCUCAUUGUUAAUAUACAGUUGCCUACAUAUCCUACUUCAGUGUGGGGUGAGUGUGAUGGUGAAGGCAUGAGUCUUGUACUAUACUUUAAAGUUAGUGAAAAUUUUGACACAGACAUAUCUCCUCAGUUUCAAGAAUUCAUCAAGAGAUUUGUUGAGGAUGACACUGAAAUGGUUAAGGGGUUCGCAUCAGAGUCAUCGGUUCCUUUUAGGGAAAGACUAAAAAUUUUGGCCGGAUUGGUGAAUCCAGACGAGCUCCAACUGAGUGCUACUGAGAAGAAGCUUAUAAAUGCUUAUAAUGACAAACCAGUGCUUUCCCGUCCUCAACACAAUUUCUUCAGGGGACCUAAUUACUUUGAGAUUGACUUAGACAUACACAGGUUCAGCUACAUCUCCAGGAAAGGGCUUGAAUCAUUCAGAGACAGGUUGAAGAAUGGGGUAGUUGAUUUGGGACUAACAAUUCAGGCACAAAAACAAGAAGAACUACCGGAGCAAGUCUUGUGUUGUAUGCAGCUGAAUAGAAUUGAUUUUGUAAACCAUGGUCAAAUACCUACUCUUGUUACCAUGGACGACUGACUUGGACAAGCCCCUACUAUAGCGUCCUGGAGGGUUUGCCAUAG